UGUGGAGGCUGGUGGGGCUGGGAGCUGGGAAGGAGGUGAUGGAAGGGCUCCGGACUUUCGGUCUUCGAGCUCCUGUUCUGCCCUCCUCCCCUUUGUCUGCACAGAAACAGAGAGGGAUGAGUGUGGGCGGCAGGGAACCAGAAAGGACUUGAGAGGCGGACACAGCCGAGCAGCCUGAGCCAUCUUGGGUUCCCCCACAGCUACCCCAGGAUGGAGGAACUCACCCUAUUCCCCAUUUCCAGAUGAGGAGCGGAGGCUCAGAGAAGCAGGUCGUUCUCGUGUCCGUGGCUACCGUGGACAGCGCUGCAAUGGACGUGGGGGUGCAGGAUGCUUGCGGGAGAGUCACUUCACGAUCCUGCUGUGCAGCCACGGCUGGAAACCACUGAAGAAAAGCAGCACGUCUCACCCUUGAAGAGAGGCUGGGAUAUCCUGGAGAUGCUGUUUCAGAGGUCCUUGACUUUCUUGCGGGCAGCUCCCAUCUCCACCAUGUGCAGUACCAGAGGGACGUAGAUCCAGGUGUCCUGCCCUCCCCCGGCUGGAGUGAUCGUUUGACCAUGGUGGCCCAAUCAAAGCGCCUUCAGGGAAAGCUUUGUUUUCCUCGAUGCGUCCUGACGGACUGGAACCAACAGUGUGUCUGAGGGGUGCGCUCCUGCUCACGGCGGCUUCAGCUGAAUCUGGAAGUUGUCAUAUUGGCUUCAUCUGGGUUUAAUUGGACCAGAACUUACAGAAUACUGUGGGGAAUGGAGAAAGAUAAAUCACCGUCCCUGGCUGGUCUCACAGGGACCAUCAGGCAAACAAGCCAAACUGUGAGAAGGAGGAAGCCGUAUAGGCCCAGAGAGUGGGUGCCCGGGACACAGAGGGUGGGUUGCAGGUGUUGGAAGGGCUGGAAACUGGGACAGAGGUCAGUGUGGACUCAAAUGGAGAGAAAUCAUCCAAUUUUCUCCUGGUUUUAUCAAAUAAGCUGGAUUUUCCAAGAUAAUCAUGAUUGAAGAUGUUCUUACCCAUGGGGGCUGGGCACAGCCUUGUCGUCAAAGGCGUUGAGCCGAGAAGGAACCAAGUCGACCUCUGCAUCCAGCCCUUUUCUCUACUUUUCCUACUGCAUGGGCACAACCAGCCUGGAUUUCUAUUUUGAAUGAAUAGAAGAGACUUGUCCUAAAGAUGCGGGAAACCAUAUGGAAGCUGUGACUCUCCCGGUGGUCACUGGCAUCAAGAAAGCAUCCGGCACCCCAAGGAGAAAGCACAGGGUCAUCCUGAGAGCCUGGCGCUUGAAGCCGCUCCUCCCUCUUCAUCCACCGCUCCCUCCGCCGGAGCAGGACACUGCCAAGGCUCAGCAAGCUCCCGCAUCGAGAUUCUCCCUCGUCCCUCUCACCCAGCCCACUGGGAACUCCCGAAUCUGUUGAGCUCCGGAGGAGAAGCGAGAAGCCUGCACGGCCGUCGUGGGCUGAGGACCGCCAGGGGGACAGCCGGGAUUCGACCCCUCCGUCCCCGGAGCGUUUUUCUGCAAGCCAAGCCCCACUCACCAGGUGGCCAUGGCCUCACUGCCGACUCAGGAACCCCCGGUCCCUGACUUAUUUUCUGGGUUGCCACCGGCGGCCUCAACUCCUGCCAAUCAGAGCAUAGAGGCCUCGGCGGUCAAUGGGUCUGUGGCUGACCCAGGCGCUCAGGCCAUCACACCCUUCCAAAGCCUGCAGCUGGUGCAUCAGCUGAAGGGGCUGAUCGUGCUGCUCUACAGCAUCGUGGUGGUUGUAGGGCUGGUGGGCAACUGCCUGCUGGUGCUGGUGAUUGCGCGGGUGCGUCGGCUGCACAACGUGACCAACUUCCUCAUCGGCAACCUGGCCUUGUCCGACGUGCUCAUGUGCACCGCCUGCGUGCCGCUCACGCUGGCGUACGCUUUCGAGCCCCGCGGCUGGGUGUUCGGCGGCGGCCUGUGCCACCUGGUCUUCUUCCUGCAGCCUGUCACCGUCUACGUGUCGGUGUUCACGCUCACCACCAUCGCGGUGGACCGCUACGUCGUGCUGGCUCACCCGCUGCGGCGGCGUGUCUCACUGCGCCUCAGCGCCUGCGCAGUGCUGGCCAUCUGGGCGCUGUCCGCGGUGCUGGCGCUGCCGGCCGCCGUGCACACGUACCACGUCGAGCUCAAGCUGCACGGGGUGCGCCUCUGCGAGGAAUUCUGGGGGUCUCAGGAGCUCCAGCGCCAGCUCUAUGCUUGGGGGCUGCUGCUCGUCACCUACCUGCUCCCCCUGCUGGUCAUCCUCCUGUCUUACGUCCGGGUGUCGGUGAAGCUACGGAACCGCGUGGUACCGGGCUGCGUGACCCAGAGCCAGGCCGACUGGGACCGCGCGCGCCGCCGCCGCACCUUCUGUCUGCUGGUGGUGGUCGUGGUGGUGUUCGCCGUCUGCUGGCUGCCGCUGCACGUCUUCAACCUGUUGCGGGACCUCGACCCGCACGCCAUCGACCCCUACGCCUUCGGGUUAGUGCAGCUGCUCUGCCACUGGCUCGCCAUGAGCUCGGCGUGCUAUAACCCCUUCAUUUAUGCCUGGCUGCACGACAACUUCCGUGAGGAGCUGCGCAAGCUCUUGCUUGCCUGGCCACGCAAGAUCGCACCGCACGGCCAGACCAUGACAGUCAGCGUGGUCAUCUGAGGGCCCCACGUCAGGGCUUGGUUGGGGAGCUUCACGUCCACUCGUCUCUGGGAGUGCCCAGCUGAGGCCGGACUGGAGCACUUAACGCCCAACGCCAGGGCGAAUCCAAUACGUGGCAAAACUUCCAGCUUAGCCCUCCUGUCCAGUUGUCUUGCCUUGUCCUUGUGUCUAUGUAAAAUGUGAACUGAGCUUUGGUGGGAGUCUUGUGCUUUGCCUGGAAGAGGCCAGGGAGAGGGGAGAGGAUUUAUUAUUUCCUCUUUAUGCCCUUGAAUGCCAAACAAAGCUCUUUCUCUUGGUUCACAACAGUAAAUCAGAACCCUGGCUGUCUUCCUUGCUUUCCCUUCUACAUGCUCAAUGGUGAGAUGAAGGAACAACGGGGGUGGGAUUUUAAAUGACUGCGUUGAGGUUGGUGAAGCUUUUUGGGUUGCCUUUUAAAAAGACUCAACUGAGCUAUCAUACCUGAUAUUUAUGAGUCAGUUUGAACCCAUUAAUUCUUAGGAUUCCAGGGAAAUAUGUAUUACAAAUCUAUAUCUGGGAUUCCAGCAUUUCCUGAAUAAGAACUUUCCACACAAAAAAGUGUUUUACUUUUAGAUUCCCUUGAUUUUAUGUCACAAAAGUGCUCAGGAGCCACCUCUCAAAAGGCCUUGCUAUUGUUUCCCUCCUCCUAAUCCCCUAACUUCUAUUUGAAAAUGAUAAGGUGAGUUAGUCAAUGAAUUGGUAAAUAAAUAGGGACAAGAAAAAUGGUACAAAUCACUUAAAGGGGCAUGUAACUGUGCAUGAGACAGACAUCUAUCUCUGUGUGUGCUUGUAUAUAUAUAUCCAGUGUUUGCCAUACAGCAAGUACAUAGAUACUUGGUUUUCUGAAUACUCAAUGUAAACGAUGUUCCAAAGCAUUCUCUUGCAUUCUCUAAUUGCUCAAUUGCAACAGAUCAACAGCUGUCAUCUGACUGCUCAACACCUGCUCGGUGGUGACAUGCUUAGAACACAAUCAACCCAGAAAGCAAGGACUGGGAGAAGUUUACUUAAGGCCAGAACUGAAAAAUAAACUACUACUCGACUGCCAUCAAACACCUCAUUCCUUCCAGGGUUAAGGGGACAGGUGAACACUGUUGGGCCAUGAUAGCAGGCUGAUGAUCCUCAAGAAUUUUGUAAAUGAGGACAAGUGCCCUGGGACAAGGGUUUUCAUAUUGUUGUGGGAGCAGUGAGUGGACAGUGAGGGUGAGAGUCUUGGGAAGUGAUACACAUUAUCCACCUGUCAGAUCAGCCCCCAACGCAUAAAGGGCACAAACCAGUGCAGCAACUGCACAUCUGUUACCAUCUGUAAGACUCCAGUACCACCCUAGCUCACUAUACAGUAGAAUUAACCUCUCUCCUUGUCUUACUCUCUGAAAUGAGCUCAUUCACUCAUGAAAGUGUGCCCUGAAAUGAAGGGAAAGAGGGGAAAGACUUUGGGAUGACAAGGAUUAAGUCCUAUUACUCCAAUGCCAUCAACCAUGAUGGGAGAGUAAGUAUUCAUGGUUGGGCUAGUUAGCAGUAUGCAUCUUCAGUAGUUAUAUAGCUAGACUGGUUGCAGCAUGGAGGAGGGCAGGGAAAGGCUGGCUUGGGAGAAAGGAGAAAGCAGGUUAACUAGGGAGAUGCAAGUUACCUUUGGCAAUGGCACAAAUAAGUAAUGUUCAGCUUCAUCUGUGGGUGUGGAGAACAAAGCCUGUGCUCUAAUAAUGUAGCCCACCUGUAGCAUUAUGUCACUUGCCCAUUCUAAAUGAGCUUAUUCCCCAGGCAUCCCAGAGACUGACUCCUGUGCUUCUAGCAGCUCUAUUACUUGGGACGCUCAAGGCCAGACAGACAUUUCAUGUUUCCUCAGAGCACUCUUUUGAUGGAAAUGUGUGGACAAUGGAGGGAAUGGGGGAAAGGAUGGGGUUAGUUGGGGGAGAGAUCUGAUUAAUUGUAGUUUCUGUUUUGGAAAGUUUAAGUCCCUGGUUCUCAUCCCUGGCUGCUCCUAGAAUCAAUUGGAGAGUUUUCAAAAAACAUUGGUGCCUAGGUCCUAUCCCCAGAGAGUCCAACUGAUCUGAGAUGGGACCUGGGCCUCAGCAUUUUUUCAAAGCACUUCAGGUAACUUUAAUAUGCAUCCAAGGCUAAGCCCCAUUAGAAUUGUCCUCUAGUGAGUCUCAGCAACAUCUGAAUGAAGCUUUGAUUGUACCUGCCAAAGGUACUAUGAAUUUGGAGUUGAAUUCUGACAGGGCGUUGCAUGCUACACUCGGGGAAUAAUACUCUUUUAGUCUUCAAACAGUAUUCAUCAAUCACACAGAGGCAAAUCGUGUAAUCAGAAUAUAUAAUUCAUUCAAUACUUCCUUAUAAAUCUCCUAUGUGUAAGGCAGUGCAUGAGUCCAAUCAGUUGUUUUUUCAACUUGGGAUUCAUUUGCAUUAUAAAGUUUUACACCAUGAAUUAUUCCAAAUCCUGGUUUCCAGGGUGUUAAAAAAAAAUGAAGUGUUCUCUGAUUAGCUUGAUUUAAAUCUACAUCAACUGUGAGACACUUUCUGUGUCUCACUAAUUACUAGAAAAGCUACCAGCUGUUUCUAUGCCUACAACUUAAGUUAAAAAUUUAAACAUUUGCAUGGACUUUAUGGAGAGCCUAAAGAGGCUGGAGAAUUAUGCUGUGUUUAUAAACAUCUUUACGAAUGAUCCAGAUUGCCACCUGAACAUCAGCUAAUUAAUUCUUACCCUAUCUAAAACCUAUCUGGGACUAGUUUGACUAUAAAACAAACCAACUUAAAAAAAAAAUCUCUCAGGAGUGAGUCCUAUAGAAAUCCACAUAGCGCCGAGGUAGAAAAUUUCAUUUAGUAUAACUUAUUUUAGUUAAUACAAAGCAUUCGGUCUUCUUACUGCAAGAAGUCAUAAAGGCCAUAAAGCUGGGAGCCGAUCCAGCCGGGUACUUGGCAGCCGCCCAUUCCGAGGCCGACGGGAGGUUCUGUAAUCCUCUCUGCAAGCAUUGUCACUGGGUCUCACUUUUGGCAGGCCAAUCAAUAGAUUUAUCUCAGUAAAUCAGCUGGGGAGUGUUUCAAUAUGUGCUGGCAACAGUUACCUGGAAAUAGCAACUCUGAGAGAUUCUAAGGGAACAAUAUUCCAAUUGAUGCAAGCUUCCUGAAUUUUUGUUCUUAUAGAUUUUUCAGCCCGCUCUUCUAUUGGGAGUGCUAAAUUCCAGGUUUAAUUUCUCAGGUAAGCUGGUUAACCAUCUCUGUUCCAUGGCUUCCUUUUCUGAACAUUUAGUAGUCUUGCAAAAUCAAGGGGACCCAGGCAAGAGCGUAGCUGGAUCUGAGAGUGAACCCAAGGUCUAUCCCCCAUGGAUGAGAGGUCAGGAGCCUUUUGUUCUACCAAGUAGAUCUUCGAUGGAUUUCCCUCCAUGCAUUGAUGUCUUUGUUAUGUGUGUAAGAUACCUGUGUGACUGACUCGCUGUAUGAAGCUCUUCAGGCUGGGGCUUGCACUGUUCGAUACCUUGUGGGUGCUCAAAAAUAUUAAAUCAGUAGUACCAUCUCAAGUUAUAUACAUAGUAUAAACUACAUACCUUGAGUUGGCCAAAGUCAAAGCAAAAAUAAAUCAUGUAAAGGAAAACAUGCUACUCAAUCUGGAUUUGUCAUAUCUAACUAAUUCCAGGAAUGAACUGUUCA